AUGGACAGCGCUUCAAACCCCCAUCCCAUCACCGACUAUCGAAGCAACAUCGCAGGUGAACGAAAACGAGUACUGCCGGCUCCGCAGCUGCCAGCACAUUCCGACGCCAAUUUCCUUGAGCCGGAUAUGAAGGUCAGUGUGGCUUUUUUUUCAAUGUCGUGUUUUCAGUGUCCCAAAAUCGAGAAGGAUGUCUCAUUGGCUGACUUGAACAGCGACACGAUAUCUCGCCCUAAUCAUAUUAACUUCGAUAUGAUUGGACUCGGUAACACCAACAUACCGUUGUCGACGCCGACGAACAUCACCUACACCACAGGAACCACUCCCUAUACCACAGCUGGGACAUAUAGUGCUGGUUUUCCUGGAUUAAACAACGAUUUUUUGAACGACAGCACCGGGUUGACGCCAUGCACCCAGCCGAAUCCGAUUUUUGUAAACACACCAACGCCACUUCAGACGUCCGAAUCCGACCUUCGGGCUUUGUGA